UGAUCCAUGAUAAAUAGAUCCCUCCCUUCUGGAUGAAAGCGGUGAGCGACAUAAUCAUAACAGAAACCGAAAGAUUAAAAAUACGACUUUUCUACAAAAGGAACAGAAUCGUCUCGAAUCAGCAAGGGGCAUUUAUCAUGGGGAAGCUAUGUGAGCUGGCCCUGGUGUCUCUGGCCCUCCUGGCUCUGCUUCAUACUGACUCUACAUGGGCCAAGAGAAGUGGCAGCAGUAGCAGCAGCAAAAAAUCAUCAUCCAACAACAGGGGCUCAGAAAAAAAGCCAUCAAAAACAUCAAACACGCAGACAGGAAGCUACCCCAGACAACCACAGAGCCCCAACAGGAACCCUAACUCAUACCCAGCAGGAGGUAGUUAUCCAGGGAGAGGUACCAAUCAAAACCAGAACCCAGCCGGUGGAUACCCUGCAGCAGGUGGAAACCACAACCAGCAGUAUCCAGGCCGGGGAACCAACCAAGGAGGAUAUCCUAACCAAAACCCUGCUGCAGGUGGCUAUCCUGCUGCAGGUGGCUAUCCUGCUGCAGGUGGCUACCCCAACCAGCAGUAUCCAGGCAGAGCCAAUCCUGGGGGAUAUCCAAACCAGAACCCUGCAGCUGGAGGUUACCCAGCCGCUGGUGGCUAUCCUGCAGCAGGUGGCUAUCCUGCAGCAGGUGGCUAUCCCAACCAGCAGUAUCCAGGCAGAGCCAAUCCUGGGGGAUAUCCAAACCAGAACCCUGUAGCUGGAGGUUACCCAGCCGCUGGUGGCUAUCCCAACCAGCAGUAUCCAGGCCGGGCAAAUCCUGGGGGAUAUCCAAACCAGAAUCCAGCAGCGGGUGGUUACCCUGCAGCAGCAGGCUACCCCAACCAGAAUCCAGGAAGAGGAGGAGUCAAUCCGGGAUACCCAGCUGGAGGUUACCCAGUAAGAGGGGGAAAUACUGGACAAGGCUGGGGGCAGGCAGGGGGCUACCCUGGUGGAGGGAUGGGAGGAGGUUACCAACCCAACUGGAACCCAAACAAUAAGAUCCUCAGUCCCCGCUAUGGUGGAGGCUAUGGUUAUGGAGGUGGGCAUGGGGGUAUGGGAGGUGGCUCUCCCUUCUCACGCUCAGUUCAGGGUAUGGGGCACUACCCCUCUACUCAGUCCAAGGGCUUUGCUAAGAAGGCUCUUAUGGCCGCAGGGGUUGGGGCCGUGGCAGGUAUGGCAAUAGGCUAUGGCCUUGGGCGUUUCCCUCGCCCACACUUUAACUUCCGCAACCCUCAGGAGGAGCAGUCCUACAACAACUACAUGUACAGCAAAUACGGCGAACGCUCCACAGACGAAAACGACUAUGGCCGGGACUAUACCUACAAAGUACCACCGCGGGCAGAGUCUUACGACAGCUUCAUGGAUACCUGCAUGAAGAGGAACGACCUUCUGCAGGAUCAGGGCAGCGACUCCCAGGCCACACCUAACAACCAGAGGAACAACCCCCAGGUAGCCAACAGCCAGAGCAUGCCCAUCACUCCUGAGGUGGAGAACAGCAGUCCAGCUAGCAACCAGGAGGGAACAGACACAGUGAAGCCUCUCACCCCAGCCCAUGUGGAGAUAGCUGGAGAGGGUAAGGGUAAGGAGGAGGAUGACGGCCCAACAGUGAGCAUUGAGGAGAUUGGUUACCCUGUGUUGGUGGAGCAGCUGAAGAACCGUAAGUGUGUGGAGCUGUACAUGAACUACUCAGAGCGCUUCCUGGAGAAGCAGACAGCUGAACGCAGCAGCAGCGGCAGCAACAACAACAACAACAACAAGUAUGAGAACAGUCACAGUAACCCCCUCGGCCAGGGGCUGGUACAGCUGAUAACCACCCUCCUCAUGGUCCUGAGCAGCACUCUCCUGCUGCAGUAAGAUAGGAACACAUUGCCAUGUCCCAGUUGUCUGGAAUAGCUUCAUUUCCUAGUCCCCCCUCCUCAUUAUGCCCCUGAUUUCUUGUGAGGAUAGGUUAAUUAAGUAUGGUGGAGGUGGAGAUAUAACCAGUCCUUUAACUAAUCCUUGGUCAUGAAGGAAAGGGGACAAGGAAAGGAAGCCAGUGGAAAAUAACUUCCAGCAAAAUGAGGACCAUUUCCUCCACACGUUAUGGGGACAUUUGAGCUUGAAUAAAGUUUUACCGUUUGUCUAAUGGCCAAUCUCCUUUGUGUCUCUAACAUUUGUACGGAUUCCCUGUCAAUUUGGAUCUCCUGCUGUAGUACUUCCACUGUUCUUUUUCCAUUGCACUUUUUGUUGCAGAGCAGUUCCUGGUAGAAUAGUCUGUUGAGCUCUGUAUUUUGUUCUGUAAAACACUAUGGUUAGGUCAUGCCAAAUGCAUGAUGCUUUAAUAUUGUAUCUGUGUAACUAUUACGAUAUAUCUAUGAAUAUAAUACUAACUACAAGUACAUAAAAAACGUUAAAUAUUAUCCAAUUCUAACCUGUUAUGUGUUAUUAUGUGAUAGGACAUGAGGUAAGGUACUAUCAUCCGAUUUGUGGUUCUGUGUCUUUUUUUCCAAAGUGGUUCCACAGAAAGUACAGGCAAGCAUUAUGUCGACCGUCUGUCAUAUUAAAUAAAUUCUUUCAUAAACACAUUUUUGUGUGCGCUAUACUGUACAUCAGUGGUUCCCAACUCCAAUCCCAGAGUACCCCCAACCACACACAUUUUUGUUGUAGCCCUGGACAAACGGAUUCAAAUCAUUGAGUGCCUGAUGAUUAGUUGACAAGUUGAAACAGGUGCGCUUGUCCGGGGCUACAAUAAAAAUGUUGUACUGUAGGGGGUACUCGAGGACCAGAGUUGGGAACCACUGCUGUACAUGAUACAUCACAUGGUAUUUGUACUUUAAAUGUUUGAUCUUAUGUGGUCUGCAGUAUUUGGUUUUAAAAGUUGGGUGUUUUGUAAAUGCGCCGCCGUAAUUAAGUAAGGAAUUGUCAGUGUUUUGUUAUUAAUCAAUCCCUAUUUCUGUUCUUAUUUUUCUUUUUCUCUCUUGUCCCAUCUCUCUACCUCCCCAUCUAGUCUCCCUCUCCAUGUCCUCCUGUCCCCUGGUUAUCAGAAGUGCACUUAUUUCUCUUGGCGAAUGGAUAUAAAUGACUCUUCUUUUUCCUUUGUUUUUCAAGGAUGUAUUUAGUGAUGAACUCAUUUACAUUGGUUUUAACGUAGAGAACAUUCAUUGUUUUAAUGUGUCUUUAAAAUAGUUUAAAAUAA